AUGAGCUUCUUCCAAGCGGUGCUGCUGUCCUUUCUUCUCGUGUCUGUGAGCUGGUCCAGAGCAGCGGUCAUCACAGGAGCUUGCGAACGAGACAUGCAGUGUGGCUCGGGUUUGUGCUGUGCCGUCAGUCUCUGGCUGAGGGGUUUGAGGAUGUGCGUCCCGAGGGGCACGGAAGGGGACCAGUGCCACCCGCUGAGCCACAAGGUUCCCUACCCUGGCAAAAGGCAGCACCACACGUGCCCCUGCCUCCCCCACUUGGUGUGCACCCGCUACGCUGGAAGCAAAUACAGAUGCACCGACGACUACAAAAACAUUGACUUUCAAUAA